UUUUGUUGAGGACGGCUUUCUUGAUCUUGUCCGCAUUCGCGUGCCGAUCUGUUAUUCGCGGCGGAUAAAAAUAGAGGAAAGACUCCAAGAGAACUCCCCGCCGCGCCGUUCCUCUGCGUGGAAACUUACUUCGGCGAGAAGUGAGAUCGGAGGAUCAUCGCUGCACGUGGAUACGGAACUUUUCACGUCGACGACGUCGAAGAAGGCAACGGCGUUCAGACCAUGCCAUCCGGAUGAUACACCCUCGCCGGCGCUCUUGCUCGAUCUGCUAGUGAGAACUUUGGUUUAGCGUAACAGGCAGCGGACGCAAGACAGCAGCACCAGCAGACACACUGGGCACUGUGCCAAAGCACAGGGAGAGAGACCCACCCACGCGCACGGUCGCGGUUGUCAUGGCAGCCGCCAACAGCGAGGCGUCGAGCCAGAAGGUUGCCACGACGAUGGCCUGGCUCGACGAGCUCUGCCAGGACGAGGAGCAGCGGUGCGCAGUCAGCGACGACAACACCAGGGAACGUUCCAGCUCCGUCGAGAAGCUAACGCAGAGGAUGAGUGCAGAGAGCAUUGGCUCUCCGCGCGGCAAGAAGCGCCUGGGCAACAUCAAGAGCCACAGCUCCACCCUGCCGUCGGACGAAUCGGAAGAAAGAGAAACUGUGAAGAACCUGCGGGAAAUCGGUCUCGACAAGAUCGACUUGAAGCGGCGGCACUCGCUGAAACCCCGAACACGCCCCUCACUCCGCGCACUCACCAAGGAGAAAUGGUCGGCAAGCAGUGGCAAGGACGGCGGCAAAGCACCACUUCAGGAGACGUCGUCUUCGCCAUGCAGCGUUAUCGAUCCGGCCACAGUAUCGACAACCAAGCAUUGACUACGACAUCGUCUGAACCUCCAACGGUGUGACGAUAUAGCUAUCGCGCUUCCACAGGUGGCGUAUGGGUCACUGUGUAUCGCGUCGCUGCUGAGAGCUCGCUCCUUGACACAGCGUGAGCUCCUGUCUAGCUGAUCGCACCGCGCAGACUAGAACCCCUCGUCUCUUUUGCUUGCAAUGAGCGUGGUGGCAUGGGGCGGCAACUUAAGGCGCUCGCCUGUUAACGUGUCUCGAUGAAUCAGACUGGAUGAUCAGUCAACGGACUAUUCACUGGCGUGUAUGUGUGUGUGUGCGUGCAUGUAUGUGCGUGCGCGUGCAUGUGUGUAUGACAGACUAUGGCGGCCAUGAGACGUGCACGCCCGAUUUACCGUUUCGCCAAGCGCGUACGCAAACUGACUGCCGGUUCUCUUUCCAACGCAAUAAACAAGGCAAGUUGCGCAUUCAAUACACGAACUAUUUACACAAGUUAGGCAUCAUUGAACAUAAUAUUAUACGUUGCCACUUGCUUUAUUAACUGCGCUGAUUUUUGUGCAUUUUCUGCCUCCACGAAAACUGAUUCUCUUUCCCUUUUUAACUUGUGCUGUCUCGUUUUUUUUCGGGCGGCGUGCGUAGCUGGCAUCCCGGCAGAGCCUAGCGCCAUCGCUGUGCCCUCGUUUCGUGUUCGUACACCCGUUACAACGAUUGCAGUUAUAUAAAUGAUUUAAACUACCCGAUGGCUGCCGUUCUACACGAUUUACCAGAUUGCAGUUCGACAUUAUUUUCACCGCUUCUUUAUCCUAAUCACAGUUGCAAUAAGGCCGCAAACGUACAUGUACAUGUAGCUAACUCGUGUAAAUAUCUCCCUACCCCACCCACACCCACACCCACCCACACACGUUGGUGCUGCGCAUGGUGCCAAGAUUACACAAUCUCAGCCUCUGGGAGCUUAUUAACAUUUUUUUUAAAUCUUGAUGGUACUCGCGUCGGCCGUUUCCUCCGCUUGAAACGCGCAUUCUCA